UCACGCGCCGCCCGAGCGCCUAUUUCAAGCGGGCGAGAGGGACGGAGGCGCCUCCGCCUGGGCGCCAGGCCUCGGGAAUCCCCGCUUUCUUCCCUUCCUUUCCCUCCGCGGGAGGGAGAAGCCUCGGCGAGCUGCGGCGCGAGCUUUGCGGCCGGGAGUUUCCUCAAGGAAGCGGCUGCUCCGGAGAGGCAGCGUGCCGCGCCCCUCGGGAGGCGUAGGCGGCCAGCCGCAGCGCGCCACCACCGGCUCUCCAUUUGCGGCUGCAAGGUGUCUCCGCGGGGGAAUUUCGGGGUCCGGAGAUGGCGGCGCGAGGGGCGCCCCGCCGGCGGGUUUAGUUGCCCUCGCGCCCUUUGCAGCUGAGGCCGCCGCCGCCACUAUGGUGCCGAAAAGCUUUGGAUUUAUGAUGUUCCUUUGGGUUCAGACAGCUGCUAACAUAUCAGUCACUGGCAUAAUAGGAAGUACUGUUGAACUGAGAUGCGAUGAGUUAAAUGGCACGUUCAUCUUAAAUAACUUUCGAGUAACAUGGCGAAAAGAAGGGGAAAUAAAGUGCUUUGUAGAAACCUAUGAUUCUGAUGAAGAUCUGACUUCAUACCGUGAGAAAAACCAGUGUGCAGACUUCAGAGACAGGACUCGGUUUAAGGAGGAACUGAAGGAGGGCAAGUUUACUCUGCAACUGUUAAGGAUCACUCCUAAAGAUGAGUUCACAUAUACCUGUGUGGUACUGAAGAAGAAUGAAGAAGGAAAAUUUGAAGUACAUAGAGAAGUAAAAACAAACCUCAAAGUGGCAGCAAAUUACAGCGCGCCAGUUCUAACUCACAUUCCAUCUGGAGAAGAAACGACAUUUAAUUGCACUUCUAGCCACGGGUACCCGCAACCAAAAGUUUAUUGGGUAAAUCAUACUGACAUCAGCCUCUUGAACUCAACUCAACAGUAUACUAGAGCGCCUGACGGGACGAUCACUGUUUUCAGUACAUUAACAGUUAAAGCAGCUACUGCUAUCAAGUUAGAGUGUACAAUUGAGAAUGAGCAGCUGCACCAAAAUCUAACUGCCACCAUUGACACGAGCAGUCCUGAAAAUAGCCCCUCGGUUGAUAACAGCCCAAGUAAGACAAAAGGUGCAGUUCUGGCUUCUGUUGCAGCUGUCUUAAUAGUCAUUCUACUUAUUUUGUACAUCGGGUGGAAGAAAAGGAGGACUUCUGUUCUAAUGACUUACACUGCUCCUGCUGAAAUAGGAAACAGAAAUUUUGGACUGCCAGAGUAAUGUUGCCUGGAAACAUUCCCACAGAGACUGAUGGUUGUGAGUUUUCUAUCUGCAGCAGAGCAUGGACUGGAGCAGAACACUUAUGUACUGCCAGCAGCUUGCCAUGUUUACCCUUCUACUGGUGAAAGGCAGAAUGCUACCUGGCCCACGUCUGAUAGAUAAAGACUAUGCUAUAAAGUUAGUCCACCAAAUGAAACCCAGAAGGGGCACACUUCUUGGGCACAGCUCAGAACUGAUUCUGUGGGGGGAGUCAACAUACACCUUUGAGCUUUCCAAGGACUGCUUCACUUGUUAAUGACAUUUUGGUACUGAAGAAAUUCACGGAGGAGCAUUUUGUCAAUGGCUUAAUGGAGCUUCUUUGUUCCACAGCAGCAUAUGCCAGUGACUAGAACUUUCAUGCCUUGUUUUUCGGCUUCCUCGAAGCAAAUGAUUGGCCUCUUUUGGAAGUAGACUGCUGGACUAGAUGGACCUGAUCCAGCAAAGGUGGUCAUCUUCUGAAGUGUGGCGGCACUUCUGAGCCCAGUCUUCCAGUGGUGGUAUAGAACGGAAGAUUGACAUGGAAUCAGUCCCCCAACAUUAGACCCAGAGGUCUGGUUGUAUAGGACAGACACAUGAGGACAGCUGUCUUUUUUUGGGGGGGGUAUAUGCCAUGGACACCACCUCCAGGUAGGUGGGCAGGUCUGUUAAUCAGUUGGGAAUAUGAUCCUCUACACCAGACAUCACUUUGGGACCAAGUUAGGCCGGAGUUCUUAUCUCAGUUUAAUGGCUUCAUCACAAUCUGAACGUCAACAUAUGCGUCUUACCUACGUGGGAACCAUAUUAACUGCAAGCUCUGCCACUGUUGAAGGCGAAGCAAUCUUGGGCAAAAAAUGAAAAGGCCUUAGGCUAAUUAUGAUUGCUUUUCCCCUGUUAGAUACUUCAGCCAGUUAACAGUCAGCCCAGUUGUGUAGCAAUAGCAAAUGGAAUGUUUCAAAUGCUGGCAUGUGAAUGCAUUACCAUUUGCCAGAGGUUUUUCAAGAGCAGCUUUAGUGGACAGACAUCUCAUUCCAGUACAGCUGCAAAAUCUAAACAAACCAAAGGCUGGGCUUCAGACAUGCAAGAUUGCAAAGACAGGAACUUGUAAAUCCUAGUUGUAAUAUUUCAUCCCAAGUAUUCUAUGCAUUUGCAGGGGAAGUGUCACAUGCAUUUACAGGUUGAACAUUGAAGGAGUACAGACAGCUCUGCUCUGUUCAUGAACAGUGUAUGCAGCAGAAGGAAUGCAGGGCUCUGGAUUUGUGCAAGUGUUCGUAUGAUUUACUGAGUUGUUGGCUUCAUGUUGCCAGUGUGCUAAGUCCGAACUGGAAGAUAUGAUGGCACGGUAGGCAUGUGGAGAUAGCAGCACACAGCGAAUCGUGAUACAUGCAUUAAUCUGGGGUUUUAUUAGUAGAUUGGAUUAUUUCUCUUAACCCUUUAUGCCAUGCUUAGCCAUCUGAGUGUUAGAAAGGGGCAGUUUCAACUUGCCAUGUUGACUAAAUUACCUUAGAGGGUACAUGGAGCUUUCUGGAUCUCACUUAACACUUUUCAAGUAAAAGCUCAGGGUUACCAUGGAAGUCCUCAGGAUGUAUUUAUAUUAAUUGAUCCAUACAGUUAAAAUUUUGGCGUGCUAAAUCAAAAUCUGUUUAGCCCCGUGACAUCUGUGUUGAUUGGCAUGAUAAAGUAGACAAAUCUUGGGGCACAUACUUUAAACAACGUACUUUAUCAAUUCAGUCAUCAUAGACACCAGAAAAGCAGUGUAAAUUACAGUCUUGAUCAAACAAGAAGACUUGAAUUGUUUAUUAGAGAGCCAGUGGAAUUCUAUUGAUGUUCUUGUUACAACUCAGUCCUAAAUACUUGGGAAAGUAUUCAAUUAUUUCCUAAGUAAGCAUUGUUGAAAAACCUGCCUUAAAAGCACCAUUCUGCAUUUUUACUCUGCAAAUAUUGUGCAAUAGAUGAGCUGAAAAGUCUUAUGAAGCUAAUACUUCACUUAGUUAAUCUCACAGGGAUAUCAUCUAUUUGACUUUACAAAAAUGUUUUUUUUUAUUUCUUUGUUUAUAAAUUCUGCAAUGUGAAUGUGAAACUUUGGUCUGUUUCUUCCCAAACAAAUCAUGUCCUGGUUGUUUUGCUCUAGUGCACUGUGAUAAAAUGGGUUUUCACACUGUUCAACACAUCGGUGGAAACUUCAGGUUUUACUUAUCUCAAUGCAGAUAACUCAUUUUUUCUCAUCCCACCCUUCACCUCCUAUUCCCUCACUGACAAAAGUCGGAUACUUCCACUGCUACCAGCAAAGGAAAAACAAAUUGGAAUUUUCCAGUUAUAAACACUUGUGCCCUGCAUGAAGCAUUAUCUUUCAUUUCUUUAGAAGUUUACUGAAGACUGAUCUUUUAGUGCAGGAUCUACCUGAUGUAUAAGAUUGGACCUUGUACACAGUAUUUUUGCAUGGCAUUUUAAUUGUGUUUUUAUCACAUUGUUUCAGUGUUUGUAUGUUUUAUACUGUUGUACACUGCUUGGAGAUCAAGCAUGCACCUUCAAUGUACUCUUUUUGGCGCCUACUCAAAACAUUCUUGUUUAGACAACCCUACUCAGAUCCUUAGAAAGUUGAGGUAACUUGAAUCUGUUUUAGUAUUUAAACUUUUGUAUGUUUUGAAGUAUGGCUGUGAAUUUUUCUUGAACUUAAUUGCUUUAUCUCUUUGCAAGCUGCUUUGAGGCUUUUUACAAUCGUGGUGUGUAAAUUUUAUUAAAUAAAUGAAUACAUA